AUGCCUGACGGCGGAGGCGAGUACUCCAUCUAUGACCUGGGCGACUUUCUUCUGGAGUCGGGCGAGGUAUUGCCAUCAGCGUUUCUAGCAUACAAGACGUUUGGCGACCCAAGCAGCCCGGUGUUGAUCUACCCAACGUGGUAUGGAGGCAAAAUCGCGGACUGCGCGGGCAUCGUGGGCCCAGAGAACGCAGCAUUUGAUCCUGCCAGGUACUUCAUCAUCAUCCUCGCGUUAUUUGGCAAUGGCGAGAGUAUCUCGCCCUCCAAUACCCCGGCGUUGAGGGACACGUUCCCCACCGUCACGUUUCGGGACAACGUGACGGCGCAGUAUCAGCUGCUCACGCAGAAGCUGGGCGUGUUCCACGCUCGUGCAGCGUUGAGCUGGUCCAUGGGCGCGGCUCAGGCUUUUCAAUGGGCGGUUCAGUAUCCUGAAUUUGUGGACGCCAUCAUUCCCUAUGCUGGGGCCGCCAAAACCUCAAUCCACAAUAAUGUCUUCCUUGAAGGCGUCAAGAGCGCUCUGAUCGCCUCACGGCAUGGUGAGUCUAAUGGCAUUGGUAAGGGCCAGAAGUUCCCACGUCCCGGAUCCUGGUCCGAGGAUGAGCGCCGCGUUGGUCUGAAGGCGUUUGGAAGGACCUAUGCUGGUUGGGGCUUCAGCCAGACAUUCUAUCGGGAAAAGUCGUAUGAGAAGCUGGGAUCCUCGACCCCCGAUGGCUUCCUGGUCGAUUUCUGGGAGGGGUGGGCACUGGGAAAAGACCCCGAUAACUUGCUGGUGAUGUUGCAAACGUGGCAGCUGGCGGACAUCUCGGCCGGUCCUGAGUUUCAAGGGGACUUCGCCCGGGCGCUGCGGUCCAUCAAGGCGAAGACGCUCGUCAUGCCCUGUGAGACUGAUCUCUACUUCCCUCCUGCAGACUCGGAGAUUGAGGUCAAUGCCAUGUCUCCGGGGAUUGGAAGGCUCCUGGUCAUCCCAAGCACGUCUGGGCAUUUUGCGGCCGCUCCAGCGCUCCAGGCACACGACUGGAGCUUCCUACAUGGGUCCAUCUGGGAGUUUUUGCAGGAGGUCGAAGCGGGACUGGUAGUAGGCUAG